CAGCUGCGGCGGCGCGGGCCUCCCUAGCUGACACUCCCCCUGCGAGCCCCUCCCCCGCCGCGGCGGAAUCCCGCCCGCCCGCGCGCGAGCCCGAGGCCGCUUCCCUGGUACCAGCGUCUAGAAGGAUCCCGGCUGCGGCGAUUACGCGGCCAUGGGCGCGCCGGGGUCGUCCUAGGGUCGCGGCGGAGACCGCAGUCAGAGCGGCGCGGUGGCCUCCUCCGCGAGGGAAGCCUGCGACGCUUCUCAGCGAGGCUUCUCAUCGGUUCACGCCGGAGAGCCUCCUCCGCGAACCCCAGCGACGGCCGCACCGGCAGCGCGGCGGGAUGAGCGGUAGCAGCGCGGCGCCGGGCCCGGGCUCGGGGUCGGGAUCCUCCUCAGCCGCCUGUCGCUUCGCGCACUACUUCGUGCUGUGCGGGAUCGAUGCGGACAGCGGGCUGGAGCCGGACGAGCUGGCGGUUUUGUACCAAUGGCUAGAAGCAGAUCGUCAUGGCAAGAGCCAAGAUACUGCAAAUACAACUUCAGGCAGGAAUUCAAUAAAAGGUGAAAAUUUUGACCAGAGUCCUCUGAGAAGAACAUUCAAAUCCAAAGUUCUGGCCCACUAUCCUCAGAACAUAGAAUGGAACCCUUUUGAUCAAGAUGCAGUGAACAUGCUGUGCAUGCCCAAAGGGCUGUCUUUCAGAACACAAGCUGACAAUAAAGAGCCUCAGUUCCACUCAUUUAUAAUUACCAGGGAAGAUGGUUCUCGCACCUAUGGUUUUGUUCUCACUUUUUAUGAAGAAGUUACAAGUAAGCAAAUCUGUACAGCCAUGCAGACACUGUACCAGAUGCAUAACGCUGAGCAGUACAGCAGUGUGUAUGCUUCAUCUUCUUGCAGUAUGGACUCACUGGCAAGUAGUAUUGAUGAGGGAGAUGCAACCUCUCUUUUGAAACUCCAGCGAUACAACUCUUAUGACAUCAACAGAGACACUUUGUAUGUUUCAAAAAGUAUCUGCUUGAUCACACCUCUGCCUUUCAUGCAAGCCUGCAAGAAAUUCCUCCUCCAACUUUACAAGGCAGUUACCUCACAGCAGCCACCACCCUUGCCGCUUGAGAGCUACAUCCACAAUAUUCUCUACGAGGUGCCCCUUCCUCCUCCUGGGAGGUCACUGAAAUUUUAUGGUGUUUAUGAACCUGUCAUCUGCCAGAGGCCUGGGCCCAAUGAACUCCCUCUUUCUGACUACCCUCUUCGUGAAGCCUGUGAGCUCCUGGGAUUAGAGAACCUAGUGCAAGUGUUCACCUGUGUUCUUUUAGAGAUGCAGAUCCUUCUCUACUCACAAGAUUAUCAGCGCCUGAUGACAGUGGCAGAAGGCAUUACCACACUCUUGUUCCCUUUUCAAUGGCAGCAUGUUUAUGUACCCAUCCUCCCUGCUUCUCUGCUACAUUUUCUUGAUGCCCCUGUCCCUUAUCUGAUGGGUCUUCAGUCAAAAGAAGGAACUGACCGGUCUAAACUAGAACUUCCUCAAGAGGCUAAUUUGUGCUUCGUGGAUAUUGAUAACCAUUUUAUUGAGUUGCCUGAAGAGUUUCCACAGUUCCCCAAUAAAGUGGAUUUUAUCCAAGAGUUGUCUGAAGUUCUUCUCCAAUUUGGGAUUCCUCCUGAGGGCAGCCUACAUUGUAGUGAGAGUGCCACCAAACUGAAGAACAUGGUUCUGAAAGAUUUGGCUAAUGACAAAAAGAAUGGAAAUGUGCCCACCAACAGUGUCAGCGUGUAUGAGCUACUGAAGGGCAGUGAGACCAUAGCUCGCCUCCAGGCUCUCGCCAAGAGGACUGGAGUGACCAUGGAAAAAAUUGACCUCCCAGCUUCUCUGAGUGAAAAAGAAAAGGAUUUAAAAUUGCAGUGUGAAGAGGCAGACUUGAGGGACUACCAGCUCAAUGUACAGCUGCGAGAGGUCUUUGCCAACCGCUUUACACAGAUGUUUGCAGAUUAUGAAGCAUUUGUGAUUCAGACUGCCCAGGACAUGGAGUCCUGGCUGACUAACCGGGAACAGAUGCAGAACUUUGACAAAGCUUCUUUCCUCUCUGACCAGCCUGAGCCUUACCUGCCAUUUCUUUCACGCUUCAUUGAGACUCAGAUGUUUGCCACCUUUAUUGAUAAUAAGAUCAUGUCUCAAUGGGAAGAGAAAGACCCUCUGCUUCGGGUCUUUGAUUCUAGGAUUGAGAAGAUCAGAUUGUAUAAUGUAAGGGCACCCACCCUGCGGACAUCUAUAUAUCAGAAAUGCAGCAGUUUAAAAGAAGCAGCCCAGUCAAUUGAACAAAGAUUGAUGAAAAUGGAUCACACUGCAAUUCACCCACAUCUACUUGAUAUGAAAAUCGGUCAAGGCAAAUAUGAGCAAGGGUUCUUUCCAAAGUUACAGUCCGAUGUCUUGGCAACAGGACCAGCCAAUAACAAUCGCUGGGUGAGUCGAAGUGCCACAGCACAACGCAGGAAAGAGCGCCUUCGCCAGAGCUCUGAACACAUUGGGCUGGACAGUGACUUACGGGAGAAAUAUAUGCAAGAGGCACGAAGUUUAGGAAAAAACCUGAGGCAACCAAAACUGUCAGAUCUCUCACCUGCUGUGAUUGCACAAACCAACUGGAAAUUUGUAGAAGGCUUAUUGAAAGAAUGCAGAAUGAAGACAAAACGCAUGUUGGUAGAGAAGAUGGGACAUGAAGCAGUGGAACUGGGCCAUGGAGAAGCAAACAUUACUGGCUUGGAAGAGAAUACCUUGAUUGCCAGCCUGUGUGACCUGCUGGAGAGGAUAUGGAGCCACGGCUUACUGGUCAAGCAGGGGAAGUCUGCCUUGUGGUCACAUUUGAUCCAGUUUCAGGAUAGAGAAGAGAAACAAGAGCACCUCACAGACUCACCAGUUGCCCUUGGACCAGAAAGAAGAAAAUCUGACUCAGGAGUUAUGUUACCAACACUCAGAGUCUCUCUUAUUCAAGACAUGAGGCAUGUUCAGAACAUGACUGAGAUCAAGACUGACGUUGGACGGGCUCGGGCGUGGAUAAGGUUGUCCCUAGAGAAAAAGCUUUUGUCCCAGCAUCUCAAGCAGUUGCUCUCUAACCAACCACUGACCAAGAAGCUUUAUAAGCGCUAUGCUUUUCUACGCUGUGAAGAAGAAAGAGAACAGUUUCUGUACCAUCUGCUCUCCCUCAAUGCUGUGGACUACUUCUGCUUUACCAGUGUGUUCACCACUAUCAUGAUUCCUUAUAGGUCAGUUAUCAUUCCAAUUAAAAAGCUGAGCAAUGCAAUCAUUACCUCAAACCCGUGGAUCUGUGUUUCGGGAGAGCUGGGAGACACCGGAGUAAUGCAGAUUCCAAAGAACUUGCUUGAGAUGACUUUUGAGUGCCAGAACCUGGGAAAACUCACUACAGUUCAGAUUGGCCAUGAUAACUCCGGACUGUUAGCUAAAUGGCUAGUGGAUUGUGUCAUGGUCAGAAAUGAAAUCACAGGACAUACGUACAGAUUCCCUUGUGGGCGGUGGCUGGGGAAAGGCGUCGAUGAUGGCAGCCUGGAGAGGAUUCUGAUUGGAGAAUUGAUGACAUCAGCUUCAGAUGAGGACUUGGGAAAGCAGUGUCGGACUCCACCGCAGCAGAAAUCUCCCACGACAACCAGGAGACUGAGUAUUACCUCACUAACGGGAAAGCCUGCCAAACCCAAUGCUGGACAGAUCCAAGAAGGAAUUGGAGAAGCUGUGAACAAUAUUGUGAAACAUUUUCACAAACCUGAAAAAGAGAGAGGAAGCCUCACAGUGCUGCUGUGCGGAGAAAAUGGCCUGGUUGCUGCACUUGAACAAGUUUUCCAUCAUGGGUUCAAGUCUGCCCGCAUCUUUCACAAGAAUAUCUUCAUCUGGGACUUCGUAGAGAAAGCAGUGGCUUAUUUUGAAACCACUGACCGGAUUUUAGACAAUGAAGAUGAUGUGCUCAUUCCGAAAUCAUCAUGCAAAACCUUUUGCCACUAUGUAAAUGCUAUUAACACUGCACCCAGAAACAUUGGGAAGGACGGCAAAUUCCAGAUUCUAGUUUGCCUGGGAACAAGGGAUCACCUGCUCCCACAGUGGAUUCCAUUGCUAGCAGAAUGUCCUGCCAUCACCCGAAUGUAUGAAGAGAAUGCACUGCUUCGAGACCACAUGACUGUCAACUCCCUUAUCCGAAUUCUGCAGACCAUUCAGGAUUUCACCAUAGUCUUGGAAGGAUCACUAAUCAAAGGAGUGGAUGUGUAAAGCAGCCAGCAGAAACUCUUCAUCUACCCCUGACUCCUGAAGCUUCCUCAACUAUGGGGUCCUAUCUGGACCGAUCUGACCAUACUGAGCACUGCUGGGGCAGUGCACUAGAAGCCCCAGUUUGAACAGUCUCCACUCUGCAGACAAGGCAAAGUGCUGUAUUGUAGUUCAUUUGAACCUGAAAUUUAGUAUAAAAUAGAGUAUUUUCAUGUGUUAGAAGUGUGUAAAUAUGCUACCUUUAAGAAAUUAUAUUACUCUAAUAAGAUACUUUUCUUAGAUUGAAUAUUCCCAUGACUUAAAAUAAGUAGCUUAAAAAUGUUGGGGGUGGGGAAAGCGGUGCUAGUCAGGAAGAAGCCAGUAAAUGUGUAUGUACAUAGCGCAACCCAGGCAGGCUUCUUUUUCCCUCCAGGUCUCACAGAGAAACCAGAAUGCUUUGUUCUGAAGCAGCUAUCCCUCCUGGAGUCCCAUCUUGUGUGUGGUGAAUGUAUACAGCUUUACAUAAUGUACAGCAGUCCUCAUUGUUCCUUUUAAGUUAUAAACCAUUUAAUAUAUUUGAAUUAUGAGUCAUUUUUCUAGUUUUGGGAAAGUUUUUCAGU